AUGAAAAGUCUGAAUGCGUCGAAUUCUUCUGAACUUACAUUAGCAGAUUGGGGUCAUGGCCUGCCUGAAAACAAAGGUGCUACAAAUGAUGAAAAAUGGACUAAACCUAAAUCCAGUCCUGGCGACCACUGCGAUACAUUAUCAGGUAAGUUAAACUCAAACGAUUGUUGGGAAACUGCUACACUGAACAAAGGAAAUGAAGCAGGUGGGAGUCAAGGUGGGUGUAGUAAGAAAGUGGACACUCAGGCAAGCCAACCAUCUUCUGAGCCUGAUAAUAACUGGGGAAAAUUCAAGGAACCUAGCUCUGAUAGCACAGCUGGGAAUAUGGGGAGUUCAAAAGAUUGGGGUGGUAAGAACUCAGCAAACUGGGAUUCCAAGACAAAACCAGCUUCUAACCCUGGUAACUGGGGUGGGAGGGAUUUUUCUGGCAACCAGACAGCUGAUUGGAACAAUGGUGGGGUCAACAAAUGGGGCCAGCAAAGUGGGGAUCAGGUUAAGUCUGAAAGUUGGAAACGUGGGUCAGAUUUUGGUCGUGGUGGCGGAAGAGGGAGGAAUAAUUCGUUCUCUAGAGGUCGCAGUUUUGAAAGAAAUUCAGGUCGUCAUCAUUCUCGUGGUUGGAUUAGUAAUGAUGAUUCUAAUAAAGAGAGUAAUUAUGCUGGGGGUGAAUCAUUUAAUAAUUCAAACGAAGAUAUUAAAACUGGGGGGAGCUGGAGUGGGGGAAAUGGCACCUUUGAAGCUGAAAAAAGCAGUUGGAAUAAUGGAAGGAAAUCUGAAGGAGAAAAUCAAGCUAUGCAUGGUUCUGGGUGGGUACCCUCAGCUUCCUCAUCGAUCAACAAGAUUGAGAGCUCGUCAGGCUCCUGGAAUCCAGGGAGUUCUAAAGGUUCGAGCAAUAACAACGACUCAACCAACUUAGAUUGGACUUCUAAUGCAUGGGAUUCUAAGUCAGAAACUUUGAGUCGUCGCUCUGAUUUCGGUGGGGUUGGCGGAGGAGGAAGGGACAACUCGUUCACUAGCAGUGAUCGCCUCGGAAGAACUUCCGGCGGCCGUGGUUAUGGUAAACAAAUCGAUGAUGAGCGGCAAGCAUUUAACUCAAACCAAGAAUUCAAAGCUGGGGGUAUUUGGAAUGGUGGAGGGCGGUGGAAAAGCUGA